CCGUGGCCUUGUCAACCUUCCAAGCUUCGGUUCUCUAACUCAACACCAUGAAACGCAUUUACAUUCCACAUUGAUACGCAGCUUUGGUGCACGGCGCGAAUACUAUGAAGUGUCGGCCAAACACAUGCAGGGAGGCAGUGCUUCAAUCGUCCACUCACAGUCCGUCGUGUCUCGGGUUAAUCUCAUAGAGGAAAUUCAGGAAGUAAUGGCACAGUGGGUACAGCAUAAUCAAGUCCGAGUCAGGCCGCCAGCCUUGAACUCUGAGGCGAAGCCAGCGUCUUAGUUCAGCUGUGGGGUCCGAUGCGACGGCCGCCCGCGGCGUACUAUAAAGCCAUUGUUAUGCGCCAAAUCGAGAAAUCUAAGUCUGACACGAACCGGUUAUAUCAUCAUGCAGCCUCCUUUUCCCUCUCUCACAACUGUCUGGCACAAUGAAUCUUACGCGGACAUCUCACCGACGCGCCCUGAGCUCAGCGCAGCGGGCAAGACUGUAAUCAUCACUGGAGCCAGCGGCGGAGUUGGUCGCGCAACCGCCAUCUCAUUCGACCGCGCCGGCGCCAGCAAGAUUGUUCUCCUCGGUCGUGAUGAGGCAAAGCUUCAAGAAACCCAAGAAGCACUCUCCUGCUCGAGUACAGUGCAUUCCGUUGCUGUAACGGAUGAGCAGGGCCUGCGUGAUGUCGCCGCUGCCGUCGGAGCAUGGGACGUUCUAAUCCUAGCCGCUGGCUAUCUCUCCGCCAAGAACACACUGAAGGAUGCCGACACGGAUGAGUGGUGGCGCAGUUUCGAGACAAACGUGAAGGGCACGAUGGUCACGUCGAAGGUCUUCCUUCCAACUGCAAACCCCAACCGCGCCGCGAUAGUCGGGCUUACCUCAGGCCCGCUCGUCUUUCCUCCCUCCGCAGUGAUUGGUGCAUCGUCGUACUUUGCCUCGAAGCUAGCGCUCAUCAAGGUCAUCGAAUUCCUCGCCGCUGAGAACCCGAAUGUUUUUGCCACGGCGCUGCACCCUGGUAUGGUCGACACGCCUGUCCUAAGGAAAUUUGGGACAGAUCCGAAGGACCUUCCUGUCGACAAAGCGGAACUUCCCGGAGAUUUCAUGGUGUGGCUGACAAGCCCUGAAGGGUUGUUCCUCAACGGCAGGCACGUCUGGGCGAAUUGGGACGUCCCGCAGCUCAAGGAAAAGGCGGAUAAUAUCAAGUCAGGGCUUUUGUUGACGUCGGGGGUCUAUGGCUGGCCCUACGGGAUGAGUUGAACGAUUUUUGUGUUCCACUGUCACGUACCGCCCCUAUGUAACCGCGACAGAUAUAAAUCUACACACACAAGAUUACUUUUGUGCUUCUUCCCUGCACAUAAUCCCAGUUGUUCUCCUGUUUCCCAAGUAGGCAAACGACGAGACAUUUUCGUAGGAUCUUGUUAUCAGUGCGCAGAUAUAUAUAUUGCCCUUUCGACGAUCAACCCCUCUCCCGUCGUCAUCACAACAACAUUGAGAUUCAAGACGCUUGGAAAACUCCUUUCUUUUGGAAUAUAUCCCCUAAUUGCACCUCUCCGAAAUAUGAACACCUACUACACAAUUCAAAGCAGCUUCCUGCUAACAGCGAGCGCUUGCCUAGUAUUGCGAUGAAGGCAGUGGGGAAA